AUGCGUUUAGACGCCAUCAAUAAAAUAUCAAAACGAGUUGAAAUGAGAGAACCGGCAAACAUGAAACUCACAGAUUCAGUCGUUCAGAAUUUUCGCGUUGCUAAAAUAUUUAGAGAAAACACAGAUAGAAUUACAAGUUUAGACUAUUCAGCUAAUGGCGAAACACUUAUUUCAAGCAGUGACGAUGAUUCAAUUGUAAUUUACGAUUGUCAGAAUGGAACACCAAAGAGGACACUGAACAGUAAGAAAUAUGGAGUUGAUCUGAUUUGCUACACCCAUGCUGUUAACACUGCCCUCCACAGCUCAACAAAAGUGGAUGAUACCAUACGAUAUUUGUCCCUCCAUGACAACAAGUAUAUACGGUACUUCCCUGGGCAUACCAAAAAGGUAGUGACCUUGAAUAUGUCACCAAUCAAUGACUCUUUCUUAUCUGGAUCCCUGGACAAAACGAUACGGCUGUGGGACCUGCGAUCACAGAACUGCCAGGGAUUGAUGCAUUUGCCUGGUCGUCCAGUAGCUGCAUUUGAUCCCGAUGGCCUCAUCUUCGCAGCAGGGAUCAAUUCAGAGGUUGUCAAGUUGUAUGAUUUGAGAUCCUUUGACAAGGGUCCUUUUACUCAUUUCAAAUUGUCACAAGACCGUGGCUGUGACUGGACAGGGAUGAAGUUUAGUCCAGAUGGUAAACUUAUCCUCAUCUCUACAAAUGGACAAAUCCUCAGACUGAUUGAUGCAUUCCAGGGGACACCCCUUCAGACAUUCAUGGGGUUCCAGAACAACAAAGGAAUUCCACUGGAGGCAUCCUUCAGCCCAGAUUCUCAGUUUGCAAUGUGUGGUUCUACUGAUGGUAGGAUACAUAUCUGGAAUACAGACACCGGGGUGAGGGUGUCCGUGCUCAACUGUGAUCACCCAGGGCCAGUUCAAUGUGUGCAGUUCAACCCCAAAUACAUGAUGUUGGCAACAGCCUGCACGAACAUGGCUUUCUGGCUCCCCUACAUUGAUGACUGAGUGUGAUUACAGAACAUUAGAUACAUUGAAAUAUUUUAAAUGUGUGGUUACUCCAGGUCAGGAGGGCAAGGACAAAUCAAACUGUGAUUAACAAUGUACAGGUUACAUAUACUGAUGUGCAUUGGACAGGAUACUGGUGUAAAAUCAGGAUGUACAGUAAAUUUAACAAAGAAUUGUGUACAGUGAUUGGUCAGAGUACUGUGUACAGUGAGUCAUCAGUGUACUGUGUAUAGUGAUUGGGCAGAGUACUGUGUACAACUGAGUCAUCGGUGUACAGUGAGUCAUCAGAGUACUGUGUACAGGGAGUCAUCCGUGUACUGUGUAAAGUGAGUCAUCAGAGUACUGUGUACAACUGAGUCAUCAGAGUACUGUGUACAGUGAGUCAUCAGUGUACAGUGAGUCAUCAGAGUACUGUGUACAGUGAGUCAUCAGAGUACUGUGUACAGUGAGUCAUCAGUGUACAGUGAUUUGACAGAGUACUGUGUACAGUGAGUCAUCAGAGUACUGUGUACAGUGAGUCAUCAGUGUACAGUGAGUCAUCAGAGUACUGUGUACAGUGAGUCAUCAGAGUACUGUGUACAGUGAGUCAUCAGUGUACAGUGAGUCAUCAGAGUACUGUGUACAGUGAGUCAUCAGAGUACUGUGUACAGUGAGUCAUCAGAGUACUGUGUACAACUGAGUCAUCAGUGUACUGUGUACAACUGAGUCAUCAGAGUACUGUGUACAGUGAGUCAUCAGAGUACUGUGUACAGUGAGUCAUCAGUGUACUGUGUACAGUGAGUCAUCAGAGUACUGUGUACAACUGAGUCAUCAGAGUACUGUGUACAACUGAGUCAUCAGAGUACUGUGUACAACUGAGUCAUCAGUGUACUGUGUACAGUGAGUCAUCAGAGUACUGUGUAAAGUGAGUCAUCCGUGUACUGUGAGUCAUCAGAGUACUGUGUAUAGUGAUUGGGCAGAGUACUGUGUACAACUGAGUCAUCGGUGUACUGUGAGUCAUCAGAAUACUGUGUACAACUGAGUCAUCAGAGUACUGUGUACAGUGAGUCAUCAGUGUACUGUGUACAGUGAGUCAUCAGAGUACUGUGUACAGUGAGUCAUCAGAGUACUGUGUACAGUGAGUCAUCAGAGUACUGUGUACAGUGAGUCAUCUGUGUACAGGGAGUCAUCCGUGUACUGUGAGUCAUCAGAGUACUGUGUACAACUGAGUCAUCAGUGUACUGUGUAUAGUGAUUGGGCAGAGUACUGUGUACAACUGAGUCAUCGGUGUACUGUGAGUCAUCAGAAUACUGUGUACAACUG